AUGGCUGCUGCUACAGCUACUGCUGCUCCGGCGACGCCCUUCGGGGAGGAGAGGACCCUUCAGGAGGAGCUCUCCUCCCCGAUCAUCUUAGCUGACCGGGUCAUUAAGCUUGCUCAGGAGGCUGAAACCACCCGCCCCGACGCCCCCGCCCGCAUCGUCUCCGACAUCUUCAAGAACCUCGAGAAAGCCCUAACCCUCGUCAAGAAAUGCAAGAAGCACGGCUCCGGCGUCCUCCGCCAGGUCUUCGCCAUCGCCACCACCACCGACUUCCGUCCAGUCCCUGCUGGAGUCCUCCAUUGCGGACAUGAAAUGGCUGCUCUCUAUCUUCGAGUCAGACGGUGCCAAUCUUGCUCUUCCCCGAUCGCCAGCAAUGACCCGAUCCUCGCGUGGGUCUGGUCUUACAUCGCUACGAUUCAGAUGGGCCAGCUCAAGGACCGAGUUGAUGCAGCCAAUGAGCUCGCUUCACUCGCUCGCGACAACGAAAGGAACAAGAAGAUGAUUGUUGACGAGGGUGGAACUCAGCCCCUGUUGAAGCUGCUGAAAGAAGGGGGCCUGCCCGAUGCCCAAAUUGCUGCAGCAAAUGCUUUGUUCAACCUGGGACGGAUCAAGAGCGGGUGCGGAUCAUUGUUCGGGAGCUUGGGAUCCCGACUAUUGUCCAUGUUCUAG